AUGCAGUACGCUGAUAUAGAAGCCCUCGUGCUUUCUGGAGAAUUGUUUAAUGGGCGUUCUCGCUCUUCAUCACCGGCACGAUCCCCCUCACCGGAUGCAGGAUGGCACGAUGACGAACUGAACGAAGAGGAGCAGAAAUAUCGUGACCAGGGCCUUGAUUAUGACUCCGAUACAGCAAGAAGGGAUGCGAUAAGAUCACAGAAGCAGACAGAGGCGCAGCCAGAGUCGAUUGGGAUGGGUCCGGGUCGGACAGGGGUGAAGGGUGUCAUAAGAGACCGAAAUGAAGUCGCAAAUAUUCGACGAGAAAAGAGGGCUCAAGAAUUGGAGGAUCUACGGCAGAAGAUGGAGGCAGGCAACCUAGGAGGGAAAACGUAUUUGGAAGAGGAAAGGGAAAAGGCAGCUAGAGGAGAAACUGCCGACAGUUUGGUCGAGAACGGGUUUAGGCAGGAUGUCUUUGGAAGAAAACGACAGGGAAGAUUUGGACAUCUACGGGAAGUGGGAUUGAAAGGAUUUGUUGGAGCUGUCGAGCAGGAGGAGCGCGGAGUGUGGGUGGUCAUACACCUCUACGACCCCUCAUUAGAACGCUGCUACCUCCUUGACGAGGUCCUUGCUCGCUUGGCACGCUCGUUUCCCGAGACCAAGUUUUUGCGUGCUCGCGCGUCUGCCCUAGGUUUUGCUUCCACAUCUACAUCAUCAAGCAAGGUAGCGACUACAAGACGUCUCAAACCUCCCUUGGAAGUCAACGAAGACGAUCCUUACGCGGAUGACGACGGGGACCAGGAUGACGACAGCGACGAGGAAAUCGUGGACGACGAUGACGUGGAUCUAGACGUCCUUCCAACAAUGCUUGUAUACCGUGAUGGGGAGCUUGUCCACAACUGGGUCCGGGUUGAUUGGGAGGCAGGGAGAGGCGGCGUUGAAGAACUUCUGGAUAAAAACCACAUAUUGUCACACAACUUUGCCGGUGGUAGAGAUAAUCUUGGUCUCCCGUUCAGUGAUGACGAGGGUGACUUCGAUCUCAUGUGGAGUGACGACGAUAACAUCAAGCACCCGUAG